GCACAAAAAGUACAAAAUGGUUCUUUCCAUUUUGUUUCUUUUUCUUUAAUUGUAUUACCUGCCAAUGGAUACGACCAAAAAGGGAGGGAGAAAAGUGCUGUGAUUAUGACAACAAAUGCUGCGAGGAGGAGUUCAAAAAAGCUCGUUGCUGUGCCAUGCGUAGUUGCAACAAGUGUAAAGGUUCUGUCUGGAUUGGUGGCUGCUAUGAGAAAGGUUACCUUUUUAAGAAAGAUUAUUUAUUUGGCUGUUGUCAAAUUUAUUGUGGCUGCUUCAUAAUGAUUAUAUCUAUUGCAGCAGUUGCCAUCAACAUAUUUCCUCUGGUUAUGUUCAUUGUUGGUUGGGCAACAUGUAGAGAAGGCACUGAAUAUGAAAUAUCUAAAUUAUGCUAUACACUGUACUUCAAUAUAACUGAAACAAAGUUGCCACCACUUGUAUUGAGAAAUGCUGAAGAUAACAAUGUUAAUAAUAGCGAUACUAAAGUAGCAGUUCAAGACUUCAUUGAUGUCAGUAAGAUAUCAUUGUUAUUCUCAACAACAGCUAAUGCAGUAUCUCACGUAUUGUUCAUAUGGGCACUGUGGUGCCUGUAUGUUAAACACUAUAAAAGUUUUAAUAAAAAUUGCUUUUUGAAAAUUCAAAACUUCUCAAAAAACUGAGCUGUGACACUAAAAAUGAAAAAGGUGAACUGCCAUUGGAUCCUUUUAAUGACAAAACUGAAGGCCAAUGCUUGAUAAAAGACAUUGUGUUGUUAACAUGAUGUUACUAUAGCAAUAGUAAUAUUCAUCACUCUUUUGAUGUAUGACUUCUAAAGUAACUUAACAUUAUUCAUGAAAUGCAUUUUAUGAUUCUUGAUGACAUGAUAUUACCAUAACAACAAAAACACACUUAAUAUAAAUGUAGAUCUAAUACAAAUCAGAGCAAAAUUACAUGCUUUUGUAGGUCUAUAUGCUUUGGUAUAUGCGUUGAAGUAUAUCAGCCUACUUGUCAAAGUAUAUUAGCUACUGAUGAGUACAAACACAUUAAGAAACUAAUAUAAAAACAUGUAGACUACCAGUAUUUACUACCUACAUAAUACCAAAUGUACCCUUGGUAUAGUGCACAAACUGCACAUGGCAAUCUUUGAACAAAGGCUGUAAAUAUAUUUUUUUAUUCAUCACUAUAAUACCGACAUUCACAUCACAUCAUUGCAUCUACUAGGUUGUAUAGUUUGCUUCAUAGGGCAUACAGAUCUAUACACUCAUUACGCUCUUGAAUCCAUGUAGUUGUUUACCAUAAAGUCAUGACAGAUCUGAUAAGUAAAUCUAGAUCAAAAUUCAUAGUUAGUGGAUUAUCUUAAUAACACAAUCUAUGCUAUCACAUUUCAACCUUACACCAUGCACACCCCCUUGUAAUAGCUUGUUUUGCUGUUGCUUAUAGCUGCAUUGCUGUAUUAGCCUAGCUCACUUCAUUUAUCAACUUGAACUAUAUCUAACUAAUGACCACAAUGGCUAGUGUAAAAACAUGUUGCAGUAAAUGUCUAGAAGUACUUGUAUGUCUAUUUCAAAUAGCAGCAGGUUUAUGCUGUAUCAUACAUUGCAAUUACUGUUGCACAAAACAACGGGUCUUUCAAUUUUUGUUCUUUCUCAUAAAUUUAUUUACCUGCCAAUGGAUACGACCAAAAAGAAAAGGUGAAAAGUGUUGCUGGGAUCGUACAUCUGUUGACAGUAAGAAAGCCUGCAGCUGCUUUACAACUUUUUGUGGCUGUGUCAUGAUUGGCAUGUCUUUUCUUGCCAUGCUCAUCAACAUGUUUCCUCUGGCUAUGUUCAUUGCUGGUUGGAGUACAUGUCAAAAUGGCAGUGCAUAUAAAAUAUCUGAAUUAUGCUAUACACUGCAUUUCGAUUAUGCCCAUAGUACAAAUAAUAAUGAGUUUCCUGAGCUUGUCUUGAGAGAGUAUAAACCAGAGAAUGAUGUGAAUAAUAGUGAUACUAAACAUUUGAUUCAAGAGUUUGUUGAUCUCAGUAAGAUAUCAUUGUUAUUCUCAACAACAGCUAAUGCAGUAUCUCACGUAUUGUUCAUAUGGGCACUGUGGUGUUUAUUCUGGAAACAUUAUGAAAGUGUUAAUAAAGAAUGCUUGCUGAGAAGUCAUAACUUCAUUAAAAGACUAAGCUGUGCUGCUGGAACAGAAGAUGAAUUUCCAUUAGAUCCUUUCAAUGAUGAAAUUGAAGAAGGUGAUCUAAUGGAAAUAAAUACAGCAAAACAAGUCAAAGAACUUUAUGAAAAGAAAAAUGCUAAUAGAUUCUUUAGUAAAGAAGUUGAGCGUACUAAUACACCACUGCAAGGUGAACGAUUGUGCCAUUAUGUAACAUGGUUCAUCAUUGGGAUAAUACUAUACAUCAUCACUGUUGGAGUAUUCUUUCAUCUUUACUACGAACAAAAUAAGCAUAGAUCAAUCAAUAAAGAAUUUAAAUUGGAAAUUUCUGCUCUUGUAUUGUAUGCUUAUUCAUUGUUUCAAGUUUUGGUCAGUUGCUUCAUAUUCUCAAAGUUGAUGUAUGGAAUACAGAGAAGAUGUGAAGAAUUAGAACUAUUUGUGUAUCAUAUUAAUGAAGAGUAUCGUGAUGAAAAUCAUUAUAUUGAGACUCAUACAGAAGAUACUGAGGAACAAGAAGAUAAUACUCAUACAUGUAGUACUCAAACAGAAAUAAAAAUGCAAAAUAUGGGAGAUGAUCUUGACAAAAUUGCGAAAGACAAAGAGAAUCUCAAAGAAUGUGACAGACAUUUCAUUGAUACAGCAGUAUCCACACUUAGCUGGCUUCAGUUAUGGUUCCUACUCCACUGGAUACUCCAUAUAAUAUCAACCUUUAUGAUAAUGUCACUACUGAUUGAUGCUAUUGCACUUCACGUUAAAUCAAGAAUAUCUCACAUUGAGCAUGGGGUUGGGUUUCAUCCUGGAGAGAUUGGGUUUCUCUUCAUGUUCAGUGUACUACAUUGCUUCUUUCUGUUUUAUCCUUGCUUGAGAGCUGCUAGUGUUACCAGGACAAGACAACGUGUUAUAAGAAAGAUCAGUGAAAAAGCAAGCAAUGAAUAUAAGUAUAUUCCAAAUAAGGUUAUGCAGGAAUUCAUUGAGUCUAUGAAGAGAAGGAAGUUUAGUUUCAGGUUGCGUAUAUUGUGUGCUAGAAUUCCUUUUAAUCUAAACAUAGCUUAUGUAUCUAUCGCCUUUGGUUUUGUUGGUGUAAUAGUUUCUUUAAUUACUACUGUUACUAAGUAACAUAACUACAGCUGCAUUUUAGGAACUGCAUAAUAUUAUUAUUACUAUUGUUUUUACUAUAAUUGCUGAUAACUGUGUUAUUGCUAGUUACAAGACUUUCAUUAUUAUUUUUUGUUUUUGCUGCUGCUGGUGUCAUUAAAACUACGGUAUGCCAAUAGAUUUAAUUCUUUUUGAUAUUUUAAUAGUUCAUUAGUUGCAAUUCUUUAAUUCAAGUAUGAAUCAACACAAGUUUGCAGAGGCAUAUCCAGGAGGAGGCAUUCCUUCAUCACUGGGCUCUGCUGUAUCAGAAAAUGUAAUGAAAUUUUUAUAUAUUCAGGUUACGUAUAUUGUGUGUUAGGAUUCCUUUUAACCUAAACAUAGCUUAUGUAUCCAUUGCCUUUGGCUUUGUUGGUGUGAUAGUUUCUUUAAUUACUACUGUCACUGAUUAAUUACAUUAUUGCUAGUUAUUAUACACUAACAGUUAAUAUUAUUAUCAUUGUCUUUUGUUGUACUGCUGCUUUACUUAACUUGAACAUUUUUUGGCUGACUGUAUCUACUAUUUUUGCUUGAUUAAUGAUACUUGCUAUUACAUUACCAGUUAUUGCAGAAAAUGUCAGUGAACACAUUGAAUUGAAGGAAGAUGCUUGAUAGAAGACAUUAUUUUGUUGUUUACAUAUAUUAUAAUUGUUAUUAGUAGGAAGGAGUUGUAAUGUUACUAUAGCAAUAGUAAUAUUCAUCACUCUUUUGAUGUAUGACUUCUAAAGUAACUUAACAUUAUUCA